UCUUCAUCUUCUCCCUCUUCUUUCAUCAUCCAUCUCCUUCUUCUUCUUCAAUCUUCCGCAUCUUCUUCUUCUUUAUAUGUUACUUACUUUGUUUGUAGACCAAGAGCCUCUAAACCUACUUUAAUAUAUACCAUUAAAGCUCAGACCCUAAACCGCCUGCUUUACAGUUUUCGCUGAAACCUUUAGUUACAGCUUCUCUCUUGCUCGUACAUUGGCACUUAAUUACAUAUAUCGAUAUAUGUGCAAAAAUUGGUUAGAGCUAUCGGGAUUCUGAAACAUGCCAGCCGGAGUAAUGAUUCCGGCAAGAAACAUGCCGUCGAUGAUCACCGGAAACGGGAACGUUACUCUUGGUCAGCAGCCUAACAACAUGAUGGAAGGUCAACUUCACCCUCUUGAGAUGACCCAGAACACAUCGGAAAGUGAACUUGCUCGAAUGAGGGACGAUGAAUUCGGCAGUACGAACAGAUCCAGCAGCGAAAAUCACGAAUUAGGUGGCUCCGGAGAUGAUCAUGAUCCUCGUCCCAACAAAAAGAAGCGCUACCAUCGGCAUACACAGCACCAGAUCCAAGAAAUGGAGGCUUUUUUCAAAGAGUGUCCUCACCCGGACGACAAGCAAAGGAAGGAGCUUGGGCGUGAGUUAGGGUUAGAACCAUUGCAAGUGAAAUUCUGGUUCCAAAACAAGCGCACCCAGAUGAAGACCCAGCAUGAACGCCAUGAGAACACACAGCUUCGGACUGAGAACGAAAAGCUAAGGUCUGACAACAUGAGGUUUAGAGAAGCGUUGAGCACUGCAUCGUGCCCAAAUUGUGGAGGUCCAACUGCUGUAGGACAAAUGUCAUUCGAUGAACAUCAGCUCAGACUUGAGAAUGCUCGAUUAAGGGAAGAGAUUGAUCGUAUAUCAGCAAUAGCUGCAAAGUAUGUUGGCAAGGGGAACUUUCCUCUUCUUUCUUCUCCUGUGCCUCCUCGACCAUUUGAUUUCGGUGUGCAACCUAUCUCCGAGGAGAUGUAUAGUGUUGGUGAUCUGCUUAGGUCGAUAAGUGCACCGUCUGAGGCCGAUAAGCCGAUGAUUAUCGAGCUUGCGGUGGCGGCUAUGGAAGAACUAGUUAGAAUGGCUCAAAUGGAUGAACCUUUAUGGAUUGCCAGUCUUGAUGGCACAACCUGUAUGCUAAAUGAAGAAGAGUAUAUUACAACCUUUCCUAGUGGACUUGGGCCAAAACCUACUGGUUUCAAAUGCGAAGCUUCAAGAGAAACUGCUGUUGUUAUCAUGAACCACAUUAACCUAGUUGAGAUUCUCAUGGAUUUGCACCAGUGGUCAACUGUGUUUUCUGGGAUAGUUUCGAAAGCUUCAACUUUGGAUGUGCUCUCAACAGGAGUAGCAGGGAAUUAUAAUGGAGCUCUUCAAGUGAUGACAGCUGAAUUUCAAGUUCCUACACCUCUUGUACCCACUCGCGAGAGUUAUUAUGCUAGAUACUGCAAACAGCUUGCAGAGGGAACUUGGGCUGUGGUUGACGUUUCCUUGGAUACUAUACGCCCUAGUCCCACUGUCAGAUGCAGAAGAAGACCAUCUGGUUGCCUGAUUCUAGAAAUGCCCAAUGGCUACUCAAAGGUUACUUGGGUUGAGCAUGUAGAAGUGGAUUAUAGAGGCGUUCACAAUCUGUACAAGCAGCUCGUAAGCUCCGGCCACGCUUUCGGAGCGAGACGCUGGGUGGCUACUUUAGAUCGACAGUGCGAGAGGCUUGCUAGUGUUUUGGCUUCUAACAUUCCCGCCGGUGAUGUUGGGGUCAUAACAAAUCAAGAUGGAAGAAAGAGUAUGCUGAAGCUAGCUGAGCGAAUGGUAAUUAGUUUCUGUGGUGGAGUGAGUGCGUCUACGGCUCACACGUGGACGACAUUGUCGGGAACCGGGGACGAUGAUGUGAGGGUGAUGACCCGAAAGAGUAUUGAUGAUCCAGGUAGACCUCCAGGGAUUGUUCUUAGUGCUGCAACUUCCUUUUGGCUUCCUGUUUCACCAAAGAGGGUAUUUGAUUUCCUCAGAGACGAGAAUUCUCGUAAUGAGUGGGAUAUUCUUUCUAACGGAGGGGCAGUCCAAGAAAUGGCACACAUUGCUAAUGGUCAGGAUCCAGGCAAUUGUGUUUCGCUACUUCGAGUAAAUAGUGCAAAUUCAAGCCAGAGCAACAUGCUGAUUUUGCAAGAGAGUUGCACUGAUUCAACAGCCUCUUUUGUGAUCUAUGCUCCUGUUGACAUUGCUGCAAUGAACGUUGUCCUAAAUGGAGGGGAACCGGACUAUGUUGCUCUUCUUCCCUCCGGUUUUGCAAUAUUCCCCGACGGAACCGAAGGUGGCAUCGCUGAUGCCAGCGGGUCUGGUGGAUCUCUUCUCACGGUUGCAUUUCAGAUUUUGGUGGACUCCGUGCCGACGGCGAAACUCUCUCUCGGAUCCAUCGCAACAGUUAACAACUUGAUUGCAUGCACCGUUGAGAGGAUAAAGGCUUCUCUAUCAUGCGAUAAUGCAUGAACUGCCACAGCUUAAAAUUGCAGCCAUCUUAGCUAGUGAUUAACUUAAGGAGGAAGAAAGGGAAGGAAAAUUCAAUUAAAGA